AUGUUACUGGGAUUGAAGACAAAAAACCGGAGGAGCCUGUAUGUCCAACUUGAUUAUCUUAUCAAUCUUGUAGAGAUUAAGCCAUGGCCUCCAUCUCAGUCAUUGAGAUCACUUCGAUCUGCAUUGAUACAAUGGGUAUAUGGUGACAAGAUUUCAGGGUCUACUAAAGCAGUUGCUCCUUCAAUCGUUUCUGGUUUGAGUGUUGGUGAUGGUAAAAUUGAAUUCAAUGAAUCUUUUAGGCUUUGUGUGACAUUAUCAAGGGAUAUGUCAACUAAGGCCGGAGAUAUUGAAACUUUCCAAAGGAACUGUAUAGAGUUUAAUUUGUAUGAACCUCGAAGGGACAAAACGGUAAAAGGGCAGUUGUUGGCUACUGCAACCAUAGAUUUUGCAGAGUAUGGUAUUGUGAAAGAGAGUUUGAUGAUCAGUGUGCCUAUGACUUGCAAGCGGACUUUUGGUAAUACUGCUCAACCUAUGCUCUUCCUUGAAAUGCAGACUUCUGAGAGAAGUAAUCGUAUGAGGUCUUCAUCCAUUGAUAGUUUAAUCAGAGAAGGAUCAUUGGACAAGAACCACUCUGAGUCUGUUUCUGCUUUGAUGAAUGAAGAGUAUGCUGAGGAAGCCGAGACUGCCUCCAUUACCAAUGAUGAUAAUUCUUCUCAGUCUUCCAUGGCUGCUGCUUCUUCAACCAUUGGAUCCAAUGGAAAUUUAAGUCCUCAAAGAGAGCUAACCAAUCUUAUAAGCUUACAAACGACACCUGCCCAGUAUAUCCCACACAACGGAUCAGAGGCGAUAUCUGGAAGAUGUGGGAAGGUUAAUGAUCAAGAAGUCUUAGUUCAAGAUAAAAGGGUCGCUGAAUCCUCCUUUUAUGAAGCACAUGCUUCAUUGGAGGGAAGCUCACGCAUCUUAUCAUCAAGAGAUUUAUAUUCUGAAGUAGAAAAUGCUCGUACCACUCUAUCUAAUCUACGUAACUCAAGAUUCACAAUGCUACCAGAAAAGGCUGAAUCUUAUAGUUUGAAACUAUCAAAGUCGUCUAUUACUAAUAAUGGAACAAAUGGAUGGUUGAACGGAAACUCUAGAAACGACCCCUAUGUCAAUCUGCAUGAGAAAGUUCCAGAAAGGGCCAUUAUUGGUAAGAAUGACAUCAAAUCCAUGGAAUCUCAACUGUGUGGAGUGGACGAUGAACAAUCUUGUAUACAGUUAAAAAACCCGGAUGCAAGUCAAACGGGACAAGGAAGUCAAAUCAUGGGAGAUCUUGGAUCAGAUGUUUUUCAUGCUGAUAGAUUAAAGAAUGUGAAAUCUAUUAGUUCUUCGUUGGAUUCAGGUUUUAGAAAUGGAUCGGAUGUUUUACUUGAUAGAUUAAAGAAUUUGAAGUCUGUUAGUUCUUCAUUGAAUUCAGGUUUUAGCAACGGAUCAGAUGUUUUACUUGAUAGAUUAAAGAAUUUGAAGCCUGUUGGCGCUUCAUUGGAUUCAGAUUUUAGCAAAGGAUCCGUAAGGAGUGACAAAGUCUUAGAGAAAUUCAAAAAGGUUGGUGUUCCUGGCCAGAACGGAGGUCAAGAUGUAAACAAGGUACAACACUUGGAACAGAGGAUACGAUUUCUUGAAGGCGAGCUGAGAGAAGCUGCGGCUAUUGAGGUUAGUCUUUACUCGGUAGUUGCAGAGCAUGGGAGUUCUGUUAAUAAAGUCCAUGCCCCAGCACGGCGUCUUUCUAGAUUGUACCUUCAUGCAUGCAAUGAGAACUUUCAGUCCAGGAGAGCAACUUCAGCAAGAAGUAUUGUGUCGGGAUUGAUUUUGGUCGCAAAAGCUUGUGGAAAUGACGUUCCAAGGUUGACUUUCUGGUUGUCAAAUUCCGUUGUACUAAGAGCAAUAAUACACAAAACUUUUGAGAAAGAGCAAGCAUCAGUUUCUGCCCGACAAUCUAGUAAAACGAAUGCUGGGAUCUCCGAGAAGGGAAAGAACGAGAUCAUAUCUCCAUUCAAAUGGAAGAAAGACUCUUCUUUAAAAGAGAUUAGAAUUGGUCUACCUGCAACUUCUAAUGAAUGGGAGGACCCUUGUAUGGUUACUUCUAUCUUGGAAAAAAUCGAAUCUUGGAUCUUCUCGCUCAUUAUCGAGUCCAUCUGGUGGCAGACUCUUGCUCCUUAUAUGCAAACCACCGCUGCAAAGGGUAUCCUUAGAAGAGUUGUAGAUUCAAAAUCUAAUAAAUCUUGUAAAACAUCACCUGCUUCAUAUGAUCACGAGCAAGUGAACUCCUCCUUGGAGCUUUGGAAGACGGCUUUCGUGGAAGUCUGUGAAAGAAUUUGCCCUGUUCGAGCUGCAGGACAUGAUUGUGGUUGCUUGCGUAUGCUAUCCACAUCGAUAAUGAAGCAGUGCACGGGUAGAUUAGAUGUAGCCAUGUUUAACGCCAUUCUUCGGGAAUCAGCUGAUGAGGUUCCAACAGAUCCUUUAUCGGACCCGAUAAGUGAUGCCAGGGUUCUACCUAUUCCGUCAGGGAAAGCAAGCUUUGGAGCUGGUGCACAACUGAAAAAGACGAUCGGAAACUGGUCCAGAUGGAUCACCGAUCUAUUUGGCAUUGAGAUCAAUGACUCUUUAACAGAUGAGAAUGAAGCUGACUACGAUGAAAACAGAGAAAGCUACGGUACAUCCUUCAACUCUUUUCAUCUCCUGAAUGCACUGAGUGAGCUCAUGAUGCUUCCAAAAGAUAUGCUCUUAAGCAACACGAUCCGGAAAGAGGUGUGUCCUACUUUUGGUGUACCGCUAAUAAAGAGGAUUCUUGAUAGCUUCGUCCCGGAUGAGUUCUGCCCGGACCCUAUUCCUGAAGUGGUGCUUGAAGCCCUGGAUUCAGAGGAUUUACUCGAGAGUGGCGAAGAUUGCAUCAUCGGGCUCCCUUGUGCUGCACCUCCUAUCGUAUAUCAUCCGCCUUCUGCAUCUUUAAUUGGAUGCAUCUUAGGAGACGAUGGAAACGGGACUCGGUUAUCACGCAGUGGUUCUUCGAUCCUACGAAAGUCAAAUACAAGUGAUGAUGAACUCGAUGAAUUGGAUUCACCGUUGACUUCGAUCAUUGACACUUCUCGGACCGUAACUGCUUCAUCAAAGCCCAUCUGGGCUUUGAAAGAUGGCGGGAGUCGCAAUACCGUUAGGUAUCAACUCCUUAGAGAGGUCUGGAUGAAUAGCGAGUAGUAAUUAUUAGUUUAGGCUGAAUCAGUUUAGCUCUCUAUA